AAUUAACUUUUGAUCAUUUCUGUUUACAGUUAUCUAACCUAACUUAACAAGAUUACUUAAAAAUUAAUUGUAAACAAACUUUCAAAUAUAAAACUCGUUUAAAAUAUUCCACUAGCAUCACUCGCCAUCAGCGCCACUGUCCAACGAUCUGAAUACAGCAACAAAUGGCUCUCGGAUUUGAAAAACUCGUCAUUUCUCAUUGCUCGCGUCAGUGCGGAUAAAUCAAUCACCCAACACGUAUAUACAAACGAUAAUUCAGUUAUAAUAAUUAUGCUAAUAUUCCACAAUACAUCCCACCGGAUAAUUAAUGUCAAUUAUCACGCAUCUCGUCCAACGGUUUCGUGAAAUAAAUGUUGGCGACACUGCUAGAGAUUUAUCACAGGAUCGAUCUUUCCUCGCUUCGAGUAUAUACAUCUCUUUUCUAUCGUUCUUCCUACAAAUCGGAAACAUCGUGCAUGUCACGAUCAUUUCAAAAAUCCACAACCGACUCAUUCCUCUGAACUUUCUCUCGCCCUCGUUUGCGUCUAGUGACAAUCGAGCGCGCGGACGUUGGCCAGCCUGGCGAUCGCUCGGUUCGCGAGUAACUUCAGGGUGCGCGCGCUUCAGUUUACAGUGUGGAACCCGAGGCUCGAGUGUGUGCGCGGAGCGAGCGAUUCGGACAAUUGUGGCUCGCGUUUGAUCGAAGAUGCGAAUCAGCCGAGUCGGUCGACAACGCACGGAUCAGUAACCGCGAUAGCGAGUGUAUCCUGAGUGCACGAUCGUGACGCACGUGCUCCCGCAAGUGAGAGGCAAGGCAGGAGAGGACGACGGGCGAGGGAGGACGGAGCAUGCGACCGCGCCUCUACGACGUCGUGACUCGGUGUGUCGAUGAGGAUGGGAAGUGCGCCGCCGCCGCCGCCGCCGACGACGACGACGACGACGAGGGACAACAGUGAGAUAGGGACAACAUCGUUGCGGUACUGCGUCGUGCGGUGCAUCAUUAUCGCGUAGGAAUGGUAUCGCCGUCCAAGCACCAACACCAGCAGCAGCAGCAACACAGACAACCGUCGAGAGAGAACAAAUCCGAUCCGCGGCGAACGUCACGUAAGUCCCGGAACGCGCGCGUAAUAAUCCGCGUUGCAUAAUAACGCGCCAGGUCGAGCCAGGCCGGGCCGACCGUUAAUGGACAUCGGCUAGAGAGAUGUUUGCCCGGCCGCUAACGGCACGGUUACGUCGCGUACGUGUGAGCUCCUCUUCCCACACGAGCGACGAGAACCAAUCGGUGAUCGCUGAGCACACUCUGGAAUUCCUACACGGAAAGUUGCUUCGAUACGUCUCCGUUUCAUCAAGUUGUUUUGCAUGAAAGAUCCAGAUGUCCGUAUACAGAAGGGCCUGAAACCGCUGGAGAAGAAGUCGUUCUACCUGGACAUAAAGAAUCAUGCCACUGCGGCCAAGUUAGAGGGAAAGAUCAAGGAGUUGGGCGGAGCGAUCGAAUUGUUUCUAGUACGCAGCGUGACUCUUGUGAUCAGUGAUCGGGUAGACAAGAAGACAGGUCACGCGAAUUUCGAGCGACAUAGAUGGGGUUGCGCCAGUGGUGGCAGCGGGGGACCCCGCUCGUUCAGAAGCAUAGAAGCCCCAACGCCCACUCCCACGCCGCCGACGCCGCUACUGAGUUCUGAAUGCCCCUCGUCCAACUCUACCAAUCUACGGGGCCAAACUACUCAAAGAUCCAAAUCGCGGGUGGAUGCAAUGUUGGAACGUGCUCUGACGCAGCCACAACAGUGUUCCGUGGAUCCAUUAGAUAACGCCCAAAGUUGGGGAAUUCCUAUUUGGGCGACGGAUAAGCUUCAGGCUUGGCUUGACAGGAUCUAUGCAUCCAUCAAGGAUAGCUAUAACCUGAAGCAGUUGAAACAAGUCAAUCAACAUAAGUCGAUUAACCCAGGGAGAAAUAUUAAGAUCAAGCAUCUGAAAGGAUCGUACGUCAAAUUCGAAUCCUUCUGCAGAACUACCAGGCCCGUGUUCCUGGAAUUGUCGUCGUGGCCAACGUUUAACUUUGACGGUGAUCCAGGCUCGUGCCCCUUCGACACAAAGAAGCAGGGAAAGGUAGAGAACAAACUAAUUAACAAAGAGGUCAAGGAGAAUAAGGAAGAUAGUGAAUCUAUAAAUAAGGAGGAGGGUAAAGAAAUGACUCGGAGACCCCGUGCCACUGCCGCACGUGCUCGCAGAACGGAACAGCUAGUACCUGGUUACUGCGAAAUCUGUCGCACCCAUUAUGAGGAUCUGUCGAAGCACAUGCAAAGCGACCAGCAUGUGAACUUUGUGGCUAACGAUGACAAUUUCCUGUCGUUGGACACGUUGAUCAGCACAGGUGCUAACGUCGAGGCGUUCCUGAAGCUGAACAGGACAAAGGAUAUCGAGAAAGACUGCAGCUUGUUCCCUAAUGGAGACAGCAAUCUUCACAAUGUACUGCCCGAGGAGAAGAUCACGAAGAACACCAAGGCCUUGAGUAACUUCGACGUUGACGAGAUAAAAAUGGUGAACGGCGCGCGUAGGAACCUCAAUUUGAAGUUGAGCUCGCCGCAUAACCUGCGCGCUCGCGCGAAACACGAGAGCGGGCAUCUUCUCAGGUCGAAGGGCAGUCCGUGGCACGAGGUCGACAAGAGCGACAAAUUGUACAAUAACAAAUUCGAGGGUUUUACCAUCAAGAAGCGCUCGAAGGGAACCAUCUGGAUCGAGGAGGACGAACCGGACGAGAAGUACGCGGAGGAUAUCCUGAAGGACCCUAAGCAGGAGGACUUCAAGAUCAAAUCGUUCUCGAAGGACAUUGACGAGGUUUACAACAAGGAAGACGGCAUCAACAACGGUAAUUCCAAUCCGGCGAGCCUACAGCCGGCGAUUAUUCAUAACAAUAAGCAAAACGGUGUUGUAAACUCGCGUCACAUAUUGGAAGAUCCGGAUUACCUGAAGAAAAACGAGUGCAACGGUGACGCGAACGCGGGUGCUCUGGAGUGUAAUAGGAUAAACGAGAACGGUGUGGUCGAUGAUGUCGGUUAUACCGGGAGUUGCAAACCGUGCAAGGACGACACGCUUCAGAGGGACAAUUGCGCGUUGCAAGCGGAAAAGGUGGCGGAUGUAAAAAAAAUUUCAGACGGGAACGAUGCAAAUGCUCGUGUUGCAAAUGAGGUUGUUUGCAAUGGCUAUAGUGACAACAAGAGCGAACAAAAGGACCUGAAAGUAGCGGAAGGGGAGAACGCACGAUGCGUGAAACUCAAGUAUCCGCGAGCCAACCGAAGAGGCAGGGGUAUCAGAGGCCGGUGUCGACAACGGCUAUCGGUGGAAGAGCGCUUGAUCGAGGACAAUCGCGCCUAUUACAAGGUAGAAGUGUUGGGUAACAAGCUGCGAUCGAGCGCGGUGCCGAGUGGUAAUCCGCAACAGGCAGCGUUGAAAGACGGCGAUGACGAGGAGAAGAAGGAGGUACCGUCGAGCGAGAAGCCGGUAGUGGUGCGGUUCAAGCGUGUGCGAAAGUCGGAAUUGUCGUUGCUGAGUGAUGAGGCGGAAUCCUUCAUGUUCGGCGAACCGAAACGGGAAGAUUCCAGCGAACGUACCAGCGACGACGAGCAGAGCAGUGUACUGCCGAGGGAUACAGAUAGUAUCGAGGUCAACGAGAUCGUCAAUUCGUCCGUACUGUCGUCGAGUUUGUCGUUAGAUUCCAGCCCCGUGAAGCAAGAGGUCGUCGAAGAAGAUUCGCAGGACUCCGCGCAUCUAGGUAGAGCAAGGAAGAGGAGACGUACGCAGGCCGAAGCGUUUAUCAAGGAUAACGCGGACUACUACAAGUUCGAGACGCCAGGCAGCAGACUGAGGUACCAGGCGCCGUUGACCGGUAUCAAGGAUGGCGUCGCGGAUAAUGGCGAACAUGCGACGACGAGAAAAUCGACGCAGGGACCUAUGGAAGAUUGCAAACCGCAGACUGAUGGUGUCGCUGCGAAGACUUAUCCGUCCAGGCCAUCGGCGGAGAUCGAAAGGAUGCAGUUCUCCUUCGAGGCGAUACCGAAAUCCGAGCCGUGGUACCAGACGUACCAGCGUCAGGACACGGGCACCGAGUUCUGGCACUGCUUCAGCGAGUGUGACGCGAUGAAACCGUUUCUCCUGCCGUACGAGAUUGAGAACUUCCACGAGAUACUGAUGCGGCAUCCAGGGAGGAUCGACCCAGGCAGGAAGAGGGGCCGUGGACGGGGUAUAGGGUGCGCGGGACGUUCGCCGCGAAAGAGUCCACGUUGUCACGCGUCCACGUUGGCGAUAAUGUCUACCAUAAUCCGGAAACGAGAGCAGCAACAGUCGUCGCACCUGUGCACGGUGGAGGAGUCUCCGCCAAUCAGAUUGCGCAUGGAUACACCGAGACUCGAGCAGAAGCAAGAUCCCAGAUCGGACGUGGACGAGGAGUUGAAAGAGAUGGCAAGAACGAUCGAUGAAAUGCUGAGCGCGAAAGGCAUGCCAGAGCUGGACGACUCGUUCGAGGCAGAUUUGGACGCGCAGGGCGCUGACGACUUUUGCGAAACGAGCGUACCAAAAGGCGCGCCACCGAAUCUGCUGGAGCUGCUAGACAAUUGCCAAGACAUGGUCAAUUGUCUGGAGAACAAUUCAUCGUGUGCCAACUCGGAAUGCGGCGACGCGAAUAUGGACAUUCCGCUACGGCGAAGGAAACGAAGGAAAAACCGGACUGGUUGGCCAGUUGGUAACAAGAUGAAGAAAAAGAUGCAGAUAAGCAGCAAGAUGGACUGUGAAGGAGAAUCGUUGAUGGGGAAGAGGCUUUACAGUAACGAAGGUUUUGCAGAACGACAAGCAUUGGAGACGUCAAACAGAUUGUCGGAUCUUCAUGCGGUAACAAACAGCAACGUUGCAUUGUCAACCGCUGUCGAACGGUUAAGCAUCAAUCAGAAGAGCGAUUCUGACGCUUUACUGGAGACUACCACGGCUCACAAUAUCUGUCACGAGGCGCUGACGAAAAAGAACAAAAGUACGGAGGUCGUUAACAAUGACAAUAUGGAUAACUACGUAGAGUCAUCGUCCAUAUCGGAAAGCACGUGCAAUGAUGCGAUGAAUAAGAGCUACAUGUCGGAUAAGGACUAUCCAUGCAGGAAGAAUCUGUCGGACAUUGAGGAUUUUUCGGAAACUGAUCCGGGCAAUGACGAGAAUCAUGAGAACCAAAACCUGCUCGGCAGGAAGGACGGUGCAAUCAGCGACAGAAGCUUCGUUGCGAAAUCGACGCCGGUAAGGAAGCGACAACGGGAACACGUUACCGUUGCUGCCACCGACGACGACGACUGCGAGUCACGAGACACGGAGAUCGAGAAUCAGGACAACCUACAGUUACAGUGCAGGAAGGAUGCAGAAUCCGGUAUAGUUCCUAGGAAACACCACAAUUCGAAUUCCGAGUUAUCGACGAAGCGGCAGCUACGCGGUGGCAACUGCGAGGAGAAUCCCUCCUCGCAUGCGGGCGAGCUGUUGAGAGCGCGCCGUCACGGUAUCGUGUUCGCGACGACACGGCGCGGUCGGAUGGGCUCGCGGAGACGCGUCUAUUCCAGGAAACGCUCGUCGAGGACGGCUGCCGUCACUCGCAGCGAUCUCUCGUCGUCCGAUCAUGUCGCGGUAGUGUACGACGACGAAAAUUGUAAAAAGGACGCCUACUUAAGUAUUACGUCGUGUAACAAAAAACAGUCGCCAAGUCGUACCGCCGUAGUACGCGGCGUGAAGCGCAAGAGCGAGGCCAUCUCGUCGUCGAACAACAUUCAAGAGCUGUCCGAACCCGUGGACCAGUGCGCGUUGGCAGAGCGCGUAAGUCCGCCGGUGAUAUCAUCCACCGAGCUCGAGCAGCGUCGCUCUAGUAUGGAGUUCCAGCCGGUCGUGCGAAUGAUGAAGCUCGACGAUCAGGUGGACAUGGAUCACAGUAUUCUGUCGACGGUGACGGUGGCGAGCAACCGACGGUUGAGAAGUUCCGGCGGUUCGUCGCCGUCGAAUGCUCAACCGCCGAAGAAGCGCGUAAAGUCAGGCCGCGGACACUUCAGAAGGUGGUUAAAGAGCAGCUGAAGACCCGAAGGACAAAGAAAGAGACUAUACUUGGGCUUAUAUUCGAGCAGCGAUGGCCGACGGUCCAUUUCGCAAUCCGACCUCUCGUCAUCGCAGUGUACAUUGUGUAUAAAGAUAUUAUUUGUGUACGCGUAGAGUAGUAUUUAACAUCGCGUCAGUAGAUUACUCACUCUCACUAUUUCUCUCUAUCUCUUUAGUGAUAUCAUUCUACUUAGUGAUGUUCUUUCAGAUGGUUAAUUUCAACACUCUUCCCAUCCGAUACGUCCUAUAUCGUACAUUCUUUAGAUGCAAUCGUGUUGUGUUCGUGGACACUGUUUCAGUCUUUCUUUUUUUUAAUCCAUUAUCAUUUCACUUUUCUAUUUUUAUUUCCUCCCUUUCUUUUUCUAUAAUUUCACGUUGAACGAAAAUCUUGUAUUAUUUUAAACAUUCGUUUCGUUCUCGGAUCAUGAUUAAGAAUUAUUCCUAUUUAGAAUGUAUUAUGUUUCUAGAGUACGCAAGACUGCAUACAGCUUUAUAACAGUGUAAUCAUUUCCGUUAUACUGCGUAUUAUUGAAAGUAAUUUUCUGUAUUUUCAAUUCAUCCCAAUAUAUCCGAAAUAUUUUAAACAAAAUUGUUAUAAAUCACACGCAUGAGUUCAGAAAGAGAAAUUAUUAAAAAUACGAAUUUUUCAUUAAAAGUUGCUUCAUUGCAUUCUUUUUCUGCACCUUUAACUACCAAAUCUUCCUUGAAUAAAAUUCUACCAAUAAA